AGUGGGUGAGUGGUGAGCUUGGAGGCUGGAUGAAUGGUGAGUGGGUGAGUGGUGAGCUUGGAGGCUGGAUGAAUGGUGAGUGGGUAAGUGGUGAGCUCGGAGGCUGGGCGUGCGGUGAGCGUGGUGCGCGAGUGACCACCUCCACCGCCCAGCAUCUCGGCCGCCAAUCCCAGAGUUCGCAGCGCGUGAGACGGCGGCGAUCGAGGCCCCGGGGUCAUCGGGGCUGGACCAGCCACAGGGCCCCAGGCACCGCCCAGUCGCCACCCCAGUCACCACCCCGCCCUCACCCCGGGACAGACCGAGACGCGGCUUGCCGGGGUCCGGCGUGGACGCGAGGGACUGCGACUCGGCGCCGUGGCCACCCAACCGUGCUAAUCGGAAGUGCGGUGGAAGCGACGAGGAGGCGCCAUGGGUGUGGACGGGAGAGUUGCCGUGAUCAAAUACCUCGUCUUUGUCUUCAACCUCCUCUUCUGCCUCUCCAGCCUGUGCCUCGUCGCGCUCGGGGCUCUGAUGCUGAGCGACUCGCACGCCCUCCUCAGCGACGCGGCGACCGUGGCCUCGCUCUGCGUCAUGGCCCUGGGCCUCGUCGUCUUCCUCGUCUCCUUCUUCGGCUGCUGCGGCGCGCAGCGCGAGAGCCACUGCAUGGUGGCCACGUUCUCCGCUCUGAUGUUCCUCAUCUUCUUCCUGGAGCUCGGGCUCGGAGUCACCGCCUACUUCUUCAGACACCAGGUGCGUGAGUUGGUGGAGGUGAAGGUGUGGGAGCUGCUGGAGAAGCAGCCCGAGGCGACGGUGGACGAUCUGCUGGGGAAGAUGCAGACCCAGCUCAAGUGCUGCGGGGUCACCUCCUUCGACAACUGGUUCACCUCCAGCAACAGCAGCGGCAGCAGCAGCAGCGGCAGCAACAGCAGCAGCAGCGGCAGGGUCCCCGACAGCUGCUGCAUCUACCCCCGGGAGCGUUGUGGAGCCCACGUGGAUGCGAGCACCGCCUACACAGUGAUCUACACCGAGGGCUGCGUGUCCGUGGUGGAGUCGAUCUUGCUCCAGAACGCGUUGCUCGUGGGCGGCGUUGCCCUCGGCCUGGCGCUCAUCCAGAUCAUCAGCAUCAUCCUCGCCUGCUGCCUCAUGAAGGGAAUCCGCGACUUCCACAAAUACGACGUCGCCGAAUUGGAGCCAUGGCCCGCCUCCAAGUGGGACCACGGGGUCACCCUCGAGUGACCCCCCCUCACCCCCCGCUGGGGUCACCCUCGAGUGACCCCCCCCGCCCCCCCCCCCCCCGCUGGGGUCACGGCCGCUCCUUCCAUGGAUGAGACCGGGUUUGGCGAUUGAGUCUGUGGUUUGAAUGCAUCUGUGCGGCGCUAUAAGUGUUACCCCCUCUGUAUGCGUGCUGAGAUGACCUCCCGAGGUCACGGGCAGCCUUCCCAGUGGAGCAGCAGCAGCAGCAGCGGCAGCAAGUAGCAAGCAGCAGCA